UUCCUUAGUGUGCUACAUCUGGUAGUAGUCUCGUCAGCGGCCAUAUGUAAUAUAACCUCAUUCAUUCAUUUUUAGACGCAUUUUGCUUCUUUCUGUUUACAGCAACCUGCGAUUUUUUAAGGUGGACGGCUGCGUGUUUCUCGUUGCUGUGGACGUUUAUCAGUUUAUGCCUCGGUGACUGUCUGUUGCAGGCUAGGUGGUGACAGCACAGUACAAUGAUCGAGCGACCAGACACUGCGGUUCCCAGCAUCGCUCAGCGGAACCUGGAGGGCUAUGUGGGCUUCGCCAACCUCCCCAACCAGGUGUAUCGGAAGUCGGUCAAAAGAGGCUUUGAGUUUACGUUAAUGGUUGUAGGUGAGUCUGGUCUUGGGAAGUCGACUCUCAUCAACUCUCUGUUCCUGACUGACCUGUACUCGAAGGACUACCCUGGACCUUCCCAGCGCAUCAAGAAGACGGUGCAGGUGGAGCAGUCUAAAGUGCUGAUAAAGGAAGGAGGGGUCCAGCUGACACUCACCAUUGUCGAUACACCAGGGUUUGGAGAUGCAGUGGACAACAGCAACUGCUGGCAGCCAGUGAUAAACUACAUUGACAGUAAGUGUGAGGACUUCCUGAACGCAGAGUCGAGGGUAAACCGCAGAUCCAUGCCAGACAACAGAGUCCACUGCUGCCUAUACUUCAUCGCGCCCUCUGGACACGGCCUGAAGCCGCUGGACAUCGAGUUCAUGAAGAGACUCCACGACAAAGUCAACGUCAUCCCUCUUAUUGCAAAAGCCGACACUCUGACCCCUGAAGAGUGCCAGCUUUUUAAAAAACAGAUAAUGAAAGAGAUACAGGAGCAUAAAAUCAAAAUCUAUGAAUUCCCGGACACAGAGGACGACGAGGACAACAAGCUCAUCCGAAAGAUAAAGGAGAAGAUGCCCCUGGCGGUAGUCGGCAGCAACGUGGUGAUUGAGGUGAACGGCAAGAAGGUCAGAGGUCGCCAGUACCCAUGGGGUGUGGCAGAAGUGGAGAAUGGCGAACACUGCGACUUCACCGUGCUCCGUAACAUGCUGAUCAGGACCCACAUGCAGGAUCUAAAGGACGUAACCAACAACGUCCACUACGAGAACUACCGCAGUAAGAAACUCGCUGCCGUCACCUGUAACGGAGUGGACACCUCCAAGACCAAGGGACAGCUCACCAAGAGUCCCCUGGCACAGAUGGAGGAGGAGCGGAGGGAGCAUGUGAUGAAAAUGAAGAAGAUGGAGGCAGAAAUGGAACAAGUCUUUGAAAUGAAGGUUAAGGAGAAGAAGCAGAAACUGAAGGAUUCAGAGGCUGAGCUGGAGCGACGCCACGAACAGAUGAAAAGGAACUUGGAGGCACAGUACAAAGAGCUGGAGGAGAAGAGGCGAGUGUUCGAGGAGGAGAAGGCCAACUGGGAGGCUCAGCAGAGAAUCCUGGAGCAGCAGAAACUGGACGCCUCCAAGACGAUGGAAAAGAACAAGAAGAAAGGAAAAAUCUUUUGAAGAGAGACACUACCUGUUCCUUCAGUUUUACACAGGCUCAUUCUUCCUUCAUCCUCUCUAAAGCUCACACCUACUGUGGCCCCCAGAGCGCUCACACACACACACACACACACACACACACACACACACACACACACACACACACACACACAGAUAUUACACUCAACACAUUCCAUAACAUUCCUCUGUGUUACAUUUAACAUUCACCACGUGUGACAUGGACACCAUUCACACCCACACGUUACACACAUGCAGACGCCCACAGCAGCCCACGUGCUCGUCUCUCUGCAGGGUUUUUACUGUUUAUUGAGACUUUUUCAUUUUCUUGAAGAAUGCAUGUGUCUGUGAAAGUCUAUUUUCCUAUCUCCUGACAAAGAGGAGAAGCCCGAGUUCCUCUGAGCUUACAGUGCUGAGUAAAUAUGUGGCAGGGACCAUGCAUAGCCAUUUGUACACAUGUAGUAGUCGUACGUUCUCUAGAUAUUCGUAGAUAUGCAGAUAGACGUACUGUCUCCUUCCUCUAUGCUCUUUUUUUUUUCAUUCUUCUCAAAAACGUAACACAAGUGUACACACACCGAGACACUCAGUCGUGAGGACCUGCUUGAGAGUGUGUUAGUAGAAGGGAGAGUGUAUGUGAGCGAAGGUACGUGAAUCAGGUGGCAGCUGUGGAGGAGUUAAGGCCCAGUCACACCAAAAAUGAAACCCGGGUGUCUCAUAGGACCAGGAAGUGAACGGCUAAUUCAGUGAUCUGAGCUGCUAACACGCUAACCAGGUGGGAACAUGCUAGCUCUCCUCAGUCACAGUAGCUUGUCGAAGGUCUUUAUAUUUUCUUUACUUUCCCCUCACAUUUCACUCUCGGGAUGUACAUCAUUUCUUUUACUGAAGAGUUAACAAAGGUGGGAAAACAAACUCUGGAGAAGCUUGUCGAGUGUUAGUUAGCAAACUCGUUAGCUUAGCGGAUGGUACAAAAGCUACAUGUGAAUAAAACGAGAAGUUUGAUAAUGGAACUCAUUGGUACCAUCGACUCCUGUCUCAUAUUUGUCUAAAGACCAUUUUCCAGUUUGUGGAGCAGGUUGUUCUCUUUGCUAAAUAUUUAGAAAUGCUGGUGUGACUGGGCCUUUAGACAGAUGUGCAGCGCAGAGGCAGGCGUGUGUUAUGAAAUGUGAUGUCUGAUCUGAAGCACAGAGGCAGAAGAAAGGAGCUAACAGCAGCCAGAAUACCGUCGUUGCAGUGUGUGUUUCCUAUUUGAAUAGAUGAUAUUAUGCAAAAGCCUCAUUGGUAUCUACAACUUCACAGGUUACAGUGAUUACAGAGAUGUUUUAUAUCGUGAUGUAAGUGAUGGCUGUUGUCGUAGACCUGAACCCUGAUGUCCCAUGAUUUUUGUGAGAUUUUCACUUUGGGUAAAAACACCAAAAGAAAAGUUCAUCAAAAAAAAAAAAAAAAAGCAGAAAUAUUCCUUUCUCUCUCCCUGGAUUCCCCAGAGUGAAAUCUGCUCAGAGAUGUUUGCCAGUUCAGCCAAAACUUGACUUCUUUAGAAUAAUCUGCACGAAUCCAACAAAACAUCGUCCCUGACGUGAAGUCCGGGUCUGAGCCAGUUCACACACCUUCCCCAGAGCUGUCAUGUUUUAUUUUCAUAUGAUGAUGAUGAUAUUAAUAAUGCUAUAUGCAGAGUUGAAGAAUGACUCCUUCCCUUGUAGUUUUCUUGAAUGACUCAUAGAUGAAUCUGUUAUUUUAGUAUAGUUUUUUCAGACUGCCUGCAUUUAAAGCAAAAUGCUAAAGGGACAAAGCUUAGACCUUCAGCACAUUAAAUACUGCCUGUUUGGAUUUGUUUAUGAUGGAAAUGCAUAUAUUGUGUACAUACUGGAGGCUGCUCAGUGGCCUUUUUUUUUCUUGUGUGUUUUUUAUUAUUAUUAUUAUUUCAGAAUAUUUUCUUCCAGGAAUAACAACAGAACAGAACCUGUUAUGUAAAACUCUUCUCAAGAGUCCAUGAAUACAUUUCCAUACAUUCAUAUACACACACACAUAUAUACUCUACACACCUAUGCCAAUGAGUACCCGUCUCAGGACUGCUCCAUUAUGCUAGAGUUUCUCUUCAAGUCCAGAGAAAAGCAAUUCUUUUGUCCUACAACUUAAAUAAAGUGAUUUUUUUUUUCUUUUAAAUUCUUGUAAACCACUCACCCUCCCAGUAACACCCACUUAAGAGAUUUAAAUUUAGGUGGAUUUUUUUUGUAAGAUUUUCUUUUUUAUAUAUAUAUCUGCUUCUCUUCUUUAUUUUAUCAUGUGUUCUGUCUCUAACUGUACAUGGUUAAUAUUAAAGUUGACAAGGAUAUGCUUUAA